AUGAGUGCCCGGACACGACGACAAAAGGCGGCCCUUGCUGACCAGGGCACGGAGAGCGAAGAGUCGCUCGGUGGAAAUGGGAGCGUGUCCACACCCUCGACGAAGCGCACACCGUCUAAGAAGAGGUCAAGAUCGGCUCUGCGCGAGGAGCCAGAUGAGAACAUCUUCCUCUUUGCCCCGAAUCUUAUCGGGUACUUCCGAGUGGUCCUUGCCAUCGCGUCCCUCUACUACAUGCCUCUUCACCCUCGCACCUGCUCUAUCCUCUAUAGCGUGUCUUGUUUGCUGGAUGCAUUGGAUGGCUAUGCCGCCCGGUACUACAACCAGUCGACCACGUUCGGCGCCGUCUUGGACAUGGUGACUGACCGCUGCACCACCUCGUGUCUGCUCGUCUUCUUGAGCUCUGCCUGGCCUCGUUGGGCUAUUGUGUUCCAAGGUCUCAUUUGCCUGGACUUGGCCAGUCACUAUAUGCACAUGUACGCCACCCUGAGCGUCGGUGGAUCCAACCAGAGCCACAAGAAGAUCGACCCCAAGGCCAACUGGGCCCUCUACAAGUACUAUAACAGCAAGACCGUGCUGUUCAUCUGCUGCGCUCUCAAUGAGGCGUUCUUCAUCGGCAUCUACCUGCUAUCUUUCUCCUCGCCGAUCCUGUCGCCCUCGCUUCUCCAGCCCGUUCCUGAUGCGAUGCCCUCCUCCGCACAGCCUGGUAACCCCGCCAACCCUCCUCCUAGCAGCCUCUUUGCCAGCCCCUGGAGUGCCGGCGCUCUCGAGAUGGCGCGCGCCAACAAGAUCGACAGCCAGAUCCCGUGGAUCAUCACCAUCAUCUCGGCCCCGGUCAUGCUGUUCAAGCAGUAUGUCAACAUCGUCCAGCUGGUCAAUGCCAGCCAAUUGCUCGCCGAGAAUGACAAGAAGGCCCGUCGUGCCAACCGCAAGUAA